AAAAAUGCAAUUCCCACAAUCUUUUUUGUUCAUUUUCAUGUUGUUAGUAAUUGCUUGCAGUGUCUGUGAGUCCCAAAAUUGUACUAAUCCACCCAAGACAAUUACGGUUAGCAAGUCAGGCAAAGCAGAUUUUCAAACAAUUCAAAGUGCCAUUGACUCUGUUCAAGGACAAAACUCUCAGUGGAUUCACAUCCAAAUUUCUGCUGGUGUUUAUUCAGAACAGGUCUUAAUUCCAAUGAACAAACCAUGCAUUUAUCUAGAAGGAGCUGGUAGCAAAUUAACGAGUAUUGAAUGGAGUGUCCAUCCUAAUCUUAGUGCCGCUUUUUAUUCCCAAGCAAAUAAUACUAUUGCAAGUGACAUUACUUUCAAGAAUACACUUAACUUGCCUAUAUCAGAUGAAGAUGCAAAUAUCACACAAGCUGUAGCAGCUCGAAUUCAUGGAGAUAAAUGCGCUUUUUUUAAUUGUUCUUUUUUAGGGGUGCAAGACACCUUAUAUGAUGAAUAUGGUCGUCAUUAUUAUCGUAAUUGCUAUAUUCAAGGUGGGAUUGAUUUCAUAUUUGGGAAUGGUCAAUCAAUCUUUGAGGCAAGUCAAUUAUAUUUUUCAUUGGGAAAAAAUGGUCCCAUGAGGAAUGGAUGUUUUACGGCACAAGAAAGGAACUCACCAACUGAUAGCAGUGGAUUUGUUUUUAAAAAUUGUAACGUGAGCGGGACAGGAGGACAGGCUCUACUAGGAAGAUCUUUAAGGGCUUAUGCAAGAGUCAUCAUAGCAAACUCAUUCCUAUCAGAUGUCGUAGCACCCGAAGGUUGGAAUGCUCGUACCUUUGUUGGCCAUGAAGAAACCAUUACAUUUGUGGAGGCGGGAAAUACAGGACCUGGAGCAAAUAUGUCAAAACGUGUGACUUGGUUGAAGCACAUAAGUGGAGUUACACUUGAUCAAUUCUUAGAUAUCUCUUUUAUUGAUAAAGAAGGGUGGACUUCAAAAUUGCCACCGAAGAUCUUCAUUUGAUUGGUUGUCAUAUUUUGGUUGUAAAAUUAGUUAGCUCACAGCUUUUGAUACUCUCUUAAGGUGUAGUGUCUAUUGCUU